GCCGGCGCGCGGGCGGCGCGCGGGGAGCGUCGGGAGCGGGGCGGCCACUCGCGCCUCGGCUUUCCCCCUCCCCGCCUCUCAGCCGCGACGCUCUGGGGCUCCACCGCCGACAUGGGCGCCGCCGCGUGGGCACCGCCACACCUGCUGCUGCGGGCGUCUCUCCUACUUCUGCUACUGCUGCCGCUGCCGCUCCGGGGGCGGUUGGCGGACUCCUGGGACCUGGCCGGUUACCUGCUCUACUGUCCCUGCAUGGGGCGCUUUGGGAACCAGGCCGAUCACUUCUUGGGCUCCCUGGCAUUUGCAAAGCUACUGAACCGCACCUUGGCUGUACCUCCAUGGAUUGAGUACCAGCAUCACAAGCCUCCUUUCACCAAUCUCCAUGUGUCCUACCAGAAGUACUUCAAGCUGGAGCCCCUCCAAGCCUACCAUCGUGUUAUUAGUCUAGAGGACUUCAUGGAAAAGCUGGCCCCCACCCACUGGCCCCCUGAGAAGCGGGUGGCAUACUGCUUUGAGGUGGCAGCCCAGCGGAGUCCUGAUAAGAAGACAUGUCCCAUGAAGGAAGGAAAUCCCUUUGGACCAUUCUGGGACCAGUUUCAUGUGAGUUUCAAUAAGUCGGAGCUGUUCACAGGCAUUUCCUUCAGUGCCUCCUACAAAGAACAAUGGAUCCAGAGAUUUUCUCCAAAGGAACAUCCAGUGCUUGCACUGCCAGGGGCCCCCGCCCAGUUCCCUGUCCUGGAGGAACACAGGGCACUCCAGAAGUACGUGGUGUGGUCUGAUGAGAUGGUGAAGACAGGCGAGGCCCAGAUCAGCACCCACCUCGUCAGGCCCUAUGUGGGCAUUCAUCUGCGCAUUGGCUCUGACUGGAAGAAUGCCUGCGCCAUGCUGAAGGACGGGACUGCAGGGUCACACUUCAUGGCUUCCCCUCAGUGUGUGGGCUACAGCCGCAGCACAGCGGCCCCCCUCACCAUGACCAUGUGCCUUCCCGACCUUAAGGAAAUCCAGCGUGCUGUGAAGCUUUGGGUGAGGGCACUGAAUGCCAGGUCAGUCUACAUCGCCACAGACUCUGAGAGCUAUGUGCCAGAGAUCCAGCAGCUCUUCACAGAGAAGGUGAAGGUGGUGAGCCUGAAACCUGAGGUGGCCCAGAUCGACCUGUACAUCCUUGGCCAGGCUGACCACUUCAUUGGCAACUGUGUCUCCUCUUUCACUGCUUUCGUGAAGCGGGAGCGGGACCUCCACGGGAGGCAGUCAUCCUUCUUUGGCAUGGACAAACCCUCUCAGCUGCGGGAUGAAUUUUGAUCCCACCUGGAGCCCCCAGCCAGACUUGGCAGCUAAGGAUGUUCUGGGACUGUAAGCGCCUCUUCUGUCCUGGGAGAGAUGGAGAACAGUACCAGGGACUUCCUAGAAGAGGAAGGCAUUCCAUCCCAGACACGGACUUCCAUUCUCUCCAGCCAGAGCUGCUCUCAGCUCCCUGUGCUUCCAGGGAACCACGCACAUACAGAGCAGCCCACCUCUGGCCUGGGCUUGCCCUGCUCAGAGCAGCCUGCAGUGCUGAACUCUCUCAAACAGUUACUUCAUAAAGAGGAAGAUAUUUUUUUAUAGGGUUUCUCGACUCGGGUGUCAGGGAGGGAGGGAGGAAGGAUUGAGGUUAAGAUGAUCUCUUAUGGCCCAGGCUGGCCUUGAACUCCUGGUCCUCCUGCCUCUACCUCCUACGUGCUGAGAUUACAGGUGUGUAGCAAGACACUCAGCUGAUUUCUAUAGUUUUGAUGCAAAGCCAUGACUACCUGAAAACUCGCCCUUGUUUUUAAAGUCCAUGGACUCCCUUAGCAGAGAUACCUAAAGUGACCUUAUAAAUACAAAGGCAAGGAGUAGGUGGCCUAUUGGCCGCUUUUCCAGGGAUUCCCUAAAGGACCCUUAGCCUCAUCCCCAUUGCAGGCCCAGCCACCUUCUUUUUUUUUUAAAGUCCAUGGACUCCCUUAGCAGAGAUACCUAAAGUGACCUUAUAAAUACAAAGGCAAGGAGUAGGUGGCCUAUUGGCCGCUUUUCCAGGGAUUCCCUAAAGGACCCUUAGACUCAUCCCCAUUGCAGGCCCAGCCACCAUCAUCCCUGGGCUGCUCUGUGGUGAACACUGCAGGUUGGAGUUAGCAGUUAUGCAGUGCUCUGCAACAGGUAAGUGCUCACACAGCAGGUGAUGGUGUUAGGGCCUCAGCACCAUCCCUGGGCAACCAGGGUGCUGGAGGCUGCUGUCUGGUAGAUCCUUCUCCCAGCCUCUGCCUGUGGUCUCAGCCCUCACGUAGCUGUUCCCCAAGGACUGCACUCCAAGCCUCCAUUAGUGCAUAGAAGCCUUGUGAAGCCCCAGCUUGGGAACAGCCUUUGUCCUUCCAGCCAGUACACUGCUGGGGUAGUGAGGUCUGAGAGUGCAGUUCUCAUUCCUGAGAGCCUGCGAGUUUUCAUCCGGUGGAUCUAAAUCCACCUUGCAUGGGGACAUUGAGAGAUGGGGGCCUCGGUGUGUGACCUUGCAGACCAUCCUGAUUGGUACAGAGUUCCUGAAGUGUGGCAGGCACUGCACUAUGUCUGUUUGUGCCCUGUAAGUGUUGUCUGACAGGUUAUAAGCGUCAAGUCAGCUAGUACACAUUGUAAAUGUGAAAGAGACCAAGUUCCCUGUGUAGCUGUUGUGGGGUUUAGCUGCUGCUUAUUGCCAGCUGUCCAGGCCAGGCACUGUGCUAGUGCCUUAUGUGCAUCCUUUUGUUUACUUUGGCCCUGCUAUUUUCCUUCUCUUUUUGAGGGGGGAGGGGUGAAUGAUUCCCCCAGGGUGCACAGCUUUGGGUGGUGAACUAGAUCAGGCCUUCUAGAAUUCAAUUCUGUCUGCUGCUAGACUCUGCUCCGCAGGACACCUGGGGAAACAGUGGGCCACCCUGGCUGCUGCUGUAUACCUGCUGUUGACUUCCACUGCCAGCUCGAGGACCAAAUCUACCAGUAGCUUCCAGCCCUCUGGAUAGCUCCGUGAUUUCAUUCAGGAAGUGUUUACUGAUCACCUACUAUGUGCAAGGAAAGAGGGAUGCAGCAGAGAAAGCCUCAAAGGAUCAGGAAUGCAUCCAGAAAGGAAGGCAAAGCUUGUGUACUUUGGAUGGGGAGUCCUGCAAGAAAAGCCACAGCUGUGCUUACAGGGAAGCCAUUUUAAGUUAAAAGAGAACUUCCGCACAUGCAAGGCCCCAGGCUGGCCUGUGGGGGUGCAACAAGGGAUCAGCGAGACAGUGAGGGGGCAGCAGUAGACAAACACUUUGAGACCACAGGGCCUCCUCACAGGUUUUAGACAGAAGAGGGAGACCUGGCCUGUGCCUAUGAGAAAAUGGAUGAGAGGAGGGGUAAAAGCCGAGGCUGGUGCUGGCUGGGGUGAGCAGCCUGCCCAUUGUGCUGGAGGUAGUCUAAGAAGCCACAGUCUCAGCAUAUCAAGUUAUUUUUGUAAUUCAGUGUUUUUUUAAAGAUACCAAUCUACAUAACCAUGUUUAAUGUCUUGGGUUUUUACUUAACCACACAUUGUGUUUUCACUGCUCACACAUAGAUGAAUAAAUGCUUUUAAUUAUGUAAACUUCCA